ACUCGACAUUUCGAGACCGAACGCCAGUCGAUCAACAGAAGAUGUCGAUUCCAUCAACCAGCAAUGACUACGUACCUCUCGAUCCAGAUCUAUUCAAUCCGGACAUCGUCGGAGAGGCGAACUCGUUCCCGGGUCCAGACGAGAAUUUCUACCCGAGCGAAGAACUAAUCUGGGACGAUAUCGACCAGAACGACCUUGACUAUGAGACCGAGGAAGAAUUUUCUGGGGAAGAAGAACAGCUGGGCUUCAAGGGUAGUUUCAGGUCAAAAAAAAUUGGGACCGCCACCAACAAGCGAAGUAUUCGUGAGCUUGCUGGUAGUAGCGGAGACGAUGGUGAGGACGGACAAGACGACGACGAAUCAGGGGGAGAGGAUGAAGAUUCAGAUCAAGAAUCAGAUCCAGGUGAUCUCCGUCGAUUAAUAGGUGCGAUCCAUGGUCAGGAGGGCAACCAGGGAAAUAGCAGUCAUGGUAUCUUGGGGAAGGAGUGGGACCGGAGUAUGGAUCAAGAACUGAAUGAAUUGAAAGAGGCCGAAGAAGCAAUGAGACCUGGUAAAAGAAAAAGAUUCAAGUUGAGAGGGGAACCGGAGCUGUCAGUCGAAGUAUCAGUCCUCCUUGGAAAAGCAAACUUGGCCUUCAUCGAGAAAAAAUACGAUGAAGCGAUACCCGUGUUUGAAGAGAUUGUGAGGAUUGAACCGAUGUGUAGGAUGGCUUGGAAUAACUUGGGUGCGAUCUACCAAGACAUGGGUGACUUUGAAAGGUCUUCCCAGUUUCGGAUAAUCGGCGCUCAUCUGACUCCGAAGUCUGCCGACAUAUGGAAAGAACUGGCCUCUGAAUCUAGACAGCACGGUUUGCUUUCUCAAGCCAUUUACUGCUACAGCGAGGCUAUCAAGGGGACCAAGAACGACGUGGAAUCCAUGUGGGAUAGAUCUUACCUACUCUUUGAAGUAGGAAGGUCCCGUCAAGCAUUAGCCGGCUACCUUGCGAUUUUGAAAAUCAGUCCCCACAAUCCGGACGUUUUACGUGAGGUGGCCCACUUGUGUGCUACGACCGACGAAAAGGAGCUGCCGAUCAGACUUUUUCAAGAUGCACUGAAGCACUACCAGUCGAUGAUCAUCACCCCACCAGCAGAGUGGCUCACCGAUGGAUUUGGGCUCGAGCAUAUCCAAAUCUUAGUCCGACUAAUGAUCGAGUCCAGAUCUUCGUCUGUUCGUACUGCACAACCAACGGACAACUCUGGCCCUGAAGAUCAAGAACAGCUUCAUCAGCAUUAUUACGAUACACUCAAGCUCAUCAAACAGGCCACACGUUGGCUGCAGGGCCGAUUAGACCCCACUAGGCCAGAUUUUUUGGAUUGGGACUUGCUCGAGGAUGACCGCGAGUACGACCCCCUGCGGAAGAAUAGGGAGGCAUGGGAAUACUUACCUGAUCCUCGUUAUGAAGAAUCACCUACUUAUCCAUUGACAAAUGAGCUCCGAACUUACCUGGGCAUUUGUCGGUUGUACAUUGGAGAUGAAGAUGAGGCUGCGCUUCACUUCGAUAUGAUCAAAAGUCUUGGCAUUGAAGAAAACGCUGAGCUAUGUAUGAGUAUUGGUGAUGCGUAUUGUGAAUGCGCUCAAUGGGACGAAGCUUUGGAUUUUUAUCAUGAGCUAGCGGAAAAUGAUUCGACCAACAACGCAAAGCUCUGGCAUAAAAUCGGACGGUGUUACCGCCACUUGGGUAAUUUAGAGGGAGCGCUGGAGUGCUUCGAAGCCGUCGCCGAGACAGAUUCAUUAGAUUUAUUAGCAAAGACUCAGCUUGCAGAGCUCUAUGAGCAACUUGGCUUCCGCCAAAAAGCCUUAGACAUGGUUAAUGACCUGAUUGAACUUCGAAGAAAGGCCAGAGAAACUGGGGUCUCGAUCGAGAAUGAGCUAACUUCCACGAAUGGAAAUCCAAGCCGGGCCAACACGUUGGCUUCACGGACGGCCGCAAGCCGAUCCUUGGCUGAGAGGAGAAUUGACGAAGAGCUUUUGACUCAGAAAUAUGUCAAGACUUAUGAUAAACUGGAAACCAUAAGCUCCAAGCUAGCAACCGACCCCGCGUCCGAUGGGUUGUCUUUGAUGACCGAAUACGUCCGACUGGCCACCCCUCUAGUAGAAGGCUUUAGAGAAACACCGGCCUUAUUCCCAUGCGUCUUGAGCGCCAAGUUUGGCGGACUGAAUACGACUGCCCCACGAUCUGGCAAGCGUGACGAAACUACGGCCAAGUCAUCAGCAAAUCCCGAAGAGACAGUUCAUCCCGAGACGGCGCAGGAAUUUCGUGGAAUCCGCUUUGCGAAUUGGGUGCGAAUAUUUGUCUAUUAUGCAUUCUCUUGUGCUAAGAUGGACCAGGUAGAUGAGGCGUGUGAAGUGUUAGGACACGUGAUGAGAGCUCCCACAUUCAGACAAUCAGCACCAAUGCAGCAGGUGCUUCGAUUAGCCUAUGCUGCUAGCUGUCUCGCAAAGGGCGACUUUAUCGAGACCGUGGACACCAUACGUUGGCUCAGCGCAAGAAUGCCGUACCAUAAUGAUCUGGUCCGGCUUAUCAACGCCUUGUUAAGUCGAGGAUUCGAGCAAUCGGUUGCCUUUUUUAAUACAAACACCCAGAAAUGGUUGUUGAGGCAGAUCCAAAUCAUUGAUGGCUACAUUGGCAAGCCGCAUUCGCGCCCAGGAUAUCGCAACCUGAAUGAUGAUGAUGACGGGGACGAUGUGAUGGAUCAAGACGCCGAAUCGACCGCCGUGCAAGCUAGUCAACUUACUCGCCAGGAACGCGCUCAUCCAAAUGAAGCGAUGAUGAAAAAACAGAUGAUGAAAGACGACGAAGGCGAAGAGGAAAACGACUCGUAUUGGAAACCUUCGAAGUUUAAGCCCACCAAAUUAAGUCCGGUAUUCCUCAUCACCUUUGCCCAAAUCUUGGCUGGAACUCGGAGCUUCAAAUCUGCUAUCGUAUACUACUUGCGGAUAAGAGAAUCAUACCCAGAUGAACCUCUGAUCAAUUUAUUAUUGGCGAUAACCUAUGUCCAAAGAGCCAUGCAACGCCAGACGGACAAUCGACACCAUCAAAUUGUCCAAGGGUUGGCCUUUUUUGAACAUUAUCGGGCGGUGCGACAUAAAGAGUUUGGGCAGGAGGUUGAGUUCAACCUUGGGCGGAUUUAUCAUGGCCUUGGGCUAUCGUCGCUCGCGAUCACUCACUACAACCGCGUUCUCGCGCUUGCUCCAUUGCUCCAUCAAUCAUCGCCAUCAUCGCAAGACCCACAAUCAUCCUCCGAGCCCCCAACAGAUUUAUCCAAUCUGGCAGCUUAUAAUCUCGUCUUGAUCUACUCCACCUCCGGCUCGCCCGAUCUUGCACACCGCCUCACGUGUCAAUACCUUACUGUUUAAUUCUCACCGUUAAUUAAUUUAAUUGCUCGAUUAGGAUGUCUUCAUCUUCUAUAAAAUUCAAAUAGUGGUCAUGAAAUUUCUUAUCAGGAUAUGUUCAACAAAUCAUCUAUAUGUAUCUUGUAAUCUUUCUUGUUUGCAGUAUUGUACUAUUCCCCACCUCUUGUCGAUCGGCGCGCAGGAUCCACCAGUGCCAGACUAAAAAAAUUGGUGUGGAUGGUGAUGCACGCCAAUUUUC